AUGAUACCUACCUACCCAGCAGCCAGGACCCAUGGAAUCCUCAACAAACCAAACCCAUUAAUCAUUCAUCCUCAUGACCCCCGCAAAUCAUCAUCUCGCUCUACACUACCGAAGCCCAGAGGCCCUCAAGACACGUACGCACUCAACAUCAACAAAAGAGCCUCCCCUCCCCUCCCCCUCCCCCACUUCGGAACAGCCAAAGAGUCAUCCAUGCUCAAGGCAAGCUCCCAUCUCCACACACUUGAUGUCAUAAUAAACUCAAAGAUCGAAAGAAAGGGAGCCAAGACGGACUCUUCCAACGUUCCAGAGACAGGGAUACCUGGGUCGGUACACGUGUACUGGGUACCUGGGUACCUUUCUAAGCAAGGGUUGGGGCCGGACCGGACAGACGACGGUGAUCGCAUGGGUCGGGGUCUGGUUCUAGUACAUAGUUGUACUCAGCCAGAUCUGGGAAGGAAGGAAGCAUUGCUGGAAGGAAGCAGGGAAGGAAUUAAAAAGAAGAAGAAGAAGAAGUGCAUCUACAUUCAACUCUCAACCCCAACUUCCAAUUCCAAUUUCAGUGGAUUGAAGGCUCAAAGCACACCCACUCACUGGGAUCCUACCCUAUCAAGUUUACCAACAGCACGGUUCAAGCACAUGACUAUUACAGCCCGAUACUAUACCUACCUCUACCUAUACUUAAUUACCACGUUUUUCGUAACAUCACAAGCACGUGUUUGUACAACCUCGACACUUCGAUACCUCGAUAUCCUCGCCCGCAACAUACUACUCCCAUUCCCACCUUGCUACUCCCACUCCCCCAAUCCCACUCACAUUUACUCCCACCUACUCCCACUUACUUCCACUUACCAAGUACUUCCACCGCUUUACGAGGAAAAUGGAAUCCACAAAUAUAAGUCUCGUGCUACACCCAACCAAGCGGGAAUGAAUAACGCACGCACGCACGCACGCACGCACGCACGUAGUAAGCCGCCUCAGUCAGGUACCAACCAGUCAGUCGGUUUCCGUGAUGUACCGCGUAGGAACAACCCAACCAACAGGCUGUCAUCGGUGCACGCCAUUGCGAGUUGCGUUUGCGUGUUGGAAGGUGCAUCGUGGCGCAUGGAUCUUGGUUGCAGUAUCCAAGGAAUCAGCGAUCACGGUGAGAAACCCUUAGGUAGCCGGAACAACCAACCUACCAACUCCUUUGCUUCCACCGAUGAAAUAUGUGCAGCGAUACAGAUUGGAUUGCAGUGUCUAGACGAAGUGGCGAUGCAAAUUCAUAGGCUCGGUCUCUAUGAACGUCAACGAACAUGA